AUGCGGGGCGACACGUACUACCGGGCGCUGGACCCGAAUUCGGUUUCAAAUUUGCAGGUGAUCAACGGAAAUUUGGACGACAAAACCAGCUACCUGUGGACCAUCGCGAAGCGCAUGAAGAAGGAGGCGCUGCUGCAGGAGGUGAUCGACAAGACCCACCCGCUGAAGCGCUGGAUGCUGCCCUACAAGGUGUCCUUGGAGUACUGUGCGGGCAAGAACGGAAAGUUCAAGAUCUGCUUCAUCGUCAAAGUGGACGGAAGAACCGGGAAGUACAUGAUGGGUCCCGGGCAGAAGACCGAGGUUCGCACUGUCCACUCCAUCUUGCAGGGCGGCGGCACGCCCCCGUUGGUGCUGUACCUGAAGGAGUGCCGGAAGGAGGGCGGAAAAGUGCGACCGGGAAAGCUGCAGGAGUUCACCGGCAGUAUGGCUAUGGCGGCUAACGUCAUGAAGAAACUCGUCGCCGACGCGCAGUUGUAGGGGAGUAGAGACCUCGGUCUUGCGGAGAUUUACCGAUCAUGUGGAAGUUUUCAUUCAUUCGUAUCCGGAAGAAAUUGCGUACUCUUCUGAAAAUUUGAGAUGGUUGUAGGAAUGGUAUCGAUUCGAAUCUGGUUUCUAGAAAAAAGAUAAGGAGUAGGAGGCGUUUCAGUACGGUAUCCGUAUCGCGACUAUAUGGUUGAGAAUUCAUUUGCGUUUGCCGUCACCGUGUAUGAUAGUUUCAUCAGCAGUGAGUCUGUGCCAUAUCAAUAAGGAUGGAGGAAAUUUUCGUCGCUCUUUGAUGGAUAUUCCUAAAAUGACUUUCUCGAGUAUUGUUUUCAUUGUACAAAAAGCUUGAUAUUGACUCGAAGAUUUUCAGCCUGGAUUUUUAAGGUCAACACCGAAGAUAUAAUUGCUACGGAAAACGAAAAGCAC